AUAAUGGUAAUUCCUUUGGGCAAACCAAGAAUUAUUUCUCGCAAUCCGGAUGAUAUGUUUUUGAGAACAGCUAAUACACGUAUAGCGGGUGGAAGAGAAAUUGUUCAGCCAAUUGCACAUAAGAUCAUAGUAGAUAUUCGAGAAUUUCGUUGUAGCUUACCGUCACUUCUUCAUGCACAUGGGAUAGAAAUCCUUCCAUGCACAUUAAAAGUUGGUGAUUAUAUUUUAUCACCAGAUAUUUGUGUUGAAAGAAAAUCUAUUUCGGAUUUAAUUGGGAGUUUUGUCUCGGGAAGGCUAUAUACGCAAUGCGAAACCAUGUCAAUAUACUAUAAGCAACCCGUAUUAUUAAUUGAAUUUGAACAAAAUCAAACGUUUACGCUUCAAGCAAUAAAUGAUCUGAAGUCUGACAUCAACAUCAAUGAUAUUUCUUCAAAACUAGUGAUGCUUACUCUGACAUUUCCUCGUGUAAAAAUUAUUUGGUCUUCAAGUCCCCACGCAACCGUCCAAAUAUUUGAGGAUUUAAAAGAAUCGCGCGAUGAACCUGACCUUGAAACAGCGCAGUCUAUCGGAGUAGAAAAUGAGGAUUUCUCCGAGCAUAACUUGUCACCACAG